UGGCAUUUCGAGAGCGGCAUGAAGUCUCGAAUUUCUAUGUUGUGUACAAAAGACCGCUUCAUAAACAAUAGUUUGUUCGUUCAGGGGGUACUCUGCGGAGCCACACCCAUGAAUGUGUCAAACGUCAUAUGCCCCCCCCCCCCCCCGAGUUUCCUGGUCAACGCGGCGCAACCAGCUCUGAAGUGAAGGCGAGGACCUGUCUGAUGUGAUGUGGCUAGGUACUCCCGUGAACCUCCGUUUGGCUGGAAUGAUGUCAUCGAGGGGGCCAUUA